UUUCCAGUGUGUUUACCAGUUCGGUGGAUGUCACCACAGUGAGACACUGUGUCCCGUGUGGCCAGAUCGUUUGUUCGCAUCAGUGAUUAUUUCUCGAGCAACGAAAACGACGAGAGAAUGAGACGUGGAACAGAGGUAGAGGCAGAAGCUGCCAGCCGCGAAUUGGGUUACGUCCCGUUCGCCUGGCAACGAUAUAUGACGCAACAGCCACCCUUCGCAAGCACCAGCGAUCCUCGUAAUCUUUGCGUGUCGUUUUAAUUGGCGACAGGACACUCUCAUCUCAUCUGAUCAAACGUGUCGCCGCGUAAGCCUAGAGAUAGACACGCAAAACGAAAACGUCGGAGGUGUCUUGUGCAUGCGACCUAUCCCCGCCCCGUCGCGCUCGCGUCCACUUGAUUGCGCAGCUAGUUUUGGAGGUUAGCCGAUCACGAUUGAGAAACUUGAACGAAAGUGACACCCACCGAGCGAGCCAGCCGGAUCAGCUGUUCCCCAGGACGACCUUUUAACAACUAUCUCCGGUGAACGGAGGCAAAACGAUGUUGUCGUACAUGCUGCCAACGGAAGACAAGCCGCCACCGGGAGACUCGAAUCAGGCGAACAACCAUCGGGCUGGUAAGCUGCAGAAGAGCCCGAGGGGGCGUCCUCACCUGGCCACGAGGCCACCGAUCACCGUCUCGCCGAGAAAUCACACGGACACCACCAAAAUGAUGAUCGUCCCGACGAAGAUCGAGGAGCACUCUGAUCAGCAGCAACACUAUCACCACCAUCAGGGACUUCCGGUGCACGAAAGCAGCCCGAAGCACAACGGCACCGUGGUAAAGAAGUCGACGUUGCACACCUCGAAGGUCACCAAAGACGACAGCUUGUACAGCAUCAACAGCGACGCCAGCAGCACGGUCGGCUGCGAUCGGAAGAACAAAAUCUUCAACGGGGCGAAGCACACUAGUCUGAAAAGAGUCUCCUUCGGCUCGAGCAAAGGAUCGAUGGUGGAAACAUUAGUAUACGAGACACCUGUUCAAGAGGAACCGGAGAUCAAUCAUUUUUUGGACCAUAACGGACGCAUACCCUCUAUGAUCGCAACUGUGCCCGAUACCGACGAAGGUAGGGAAAUGGUACGGGUCUCGUUGCUCGGCUCACAACCUUCACCGACAACGCCCGGCGUAUUUCAGGUGCAGCCUAUCGCGAUAUCGAGGACUCAACCGAUCGACAUGGACGCCGUUCCGGCCGAACUCCUGACCACGCACACCGAGCACACGGCUCCCGCCUACCACACGCAAAUCAGCACGGACAGCGGUUGGGAUAAUCCGUUCAGACCAGACGGGGACCUUUCGAGGGAGGCCGACGAGAUAGUCGAGCUGAUAAAAGGCGGGAAACCCAUCACGCCGACCCCCGGUCAGACCGCUCCGCCGUUGCCAGGAUGCGAAACCGGUGUCGGAAACGGUCAGAGCACCCUCGACCACGAUUCGAGUUCCAGCCCCCUGCUGAAGUCCACAGGGAACGCGACGAAUCGACACGCGAACUCGUCGCCGAAGCCCGGCCAAGAGAACGGGAACGCCCAUAGCACCCCGAUGAAAUCCGCGACCGCGAACAGUCAGCAGCCUGUCAACGAAAAGGUUGCCGCGUCGUCGAGGACAGCGACCGUGGAAGUGGCCAGAAUGACAGCGCAGGGGCCAGGCGACGCUUCGCAGGUCGAACACGUCACCCUGAAGAAGAAGCCUAAAUGCAAAUGUUGUAUUCUUCAGUAAUAGGAAGGGAAAGACACCACGAGCGCGAAGCGGACCGAGCAAGGAUGUCUGAGCCCACCGGACGGACGAUGAUCGUUCUUCGGGUCGUCGAAAUGGGGACGGUAUUUUCGCGACGAUUUUCUUCGGGCGAGAAACGGUGUUCUCCUCGCGUGUUCACCACCGUUUUUCCGAAAGGAUCACUCGGUCACCGCGUGGAAGAACGACCAUACACGAUUCCCUCUUCGUCUGGGGUAACCAGUUUUCCCGAAGGAACGAACGGGGUGAAAACAGCAGCGAAGUGGAGGGAGAAAGAGACACGCGCCCAUAUCGGAACGUUUUAAUCGAGCGCGACGCGCGGUGGAUCUCUUUCUCGGGGACGAGUUCUCGAUUGUUCAAGGUUCGUCUUGUCACAAAUAUCGAGAGGGAUGGCUGCUGCGAGGAUUUGGAAUGAUUUCGCGGCAACCGCCGACGAUUUGGUUCGAUGGAAAAGGGAUAAGGAAAAGGGGGGGAGAUUCUUAGGAACGCGCUUGGAACUGUACCGACACGACCCGGAAACGGAGGAUAAGCUGAACGCGAAAUUUCACCCGAGCCUCUUGAUGAUAGCCUUUCAGAGACAGUGGAAUGUCCAUAUAAAGUACAUAGUGACUAUGAAUGAAGAGAAUGAAGAAGAAAAAAAAUUAUAUAUAUAUAUAUAUAUAUACAUAAAACUAUAUUGUAGAUACAGAAAAUGGUAGUUGUAUAGCUUAUAUGCUUUUACUAUUGUGGUUAAUUACUGUCAAAAUUAUCGUGGUUUCAAGAAUGUAUGAACGGAACGAACUAACACGGGCGUGUACGCGAAAGAAAGUCGGACGUGCGUGCGGGGUUCACGGCGCCCCAGGAGAGAAGAAUCAUGUUUAAAACUUUACCGGGGUUCAUACGAGAGAAAAAUGACGAAAAGCUAAUUAUUAUCACUUCGUUGGACAUCGAUAUAAUACUACGAUAGGUUGAUAGAUUCUCGUUUUUACUAAGAAAAAAAAAACAGAAACACUCGAACCUCUUCUAUGCAAACGUUUAUGAACAAUUUUUUAACCAUCGCGUGUAGCACAUUGCGCCAAUCAAAGGGGUAGUACUACUUGUACACACGAAUUGUGAGAUGAGACUAAUUGUGGACGAAUGAGAAGGAAUAUAGCGGAAAUAAAGCCGGCGUAUUUUUAUUGUCGCGCGCGAGCAAAUGCAUCAAACAACCGUGUAUAGUUAAUUCUUGAUGAAUGUUCGAAGGCUCUUCGGUACUGAACAUGAAAUAUUU